AUGCCCGCCGACGACCAGCAGCCGCCGCCCCCUCCGCCACCCGCUCCGCCCGAGCACUACUACGGCUACCCUCCCCCCCCUCCGCCGGCCAGCGACUACUACCACUACUACCCCUUCCCCCACCCGCACUACCCCGCGCCAUUCAUACCCCCAGCCUACCACCCGCCGCCGGCCGCCUACCCGGCCUACACGCCGUCCCCCCUCCGCCCGCCCAGCCACCACCCGCCACACACCCCGCCCUUCGGCUCGCCCAGGCCGGGCCCCUGGAAGAACCGCACCUUCUCCCCCCGCAGCCCGUACUCAAACACCUCCUCCCCCUCCACCCAGGGCCCACACUCCCCCGCCAGCAACAGCCACCCCCACCACAACCACCAGCCCCUCCUCCGCGGAUCCCUCGCACAGGCCAAGCUCAGGGGCCACCCCAUCCCAGACCAUCUGCCCCUCGCCACCCUCUCCCUCGACCACCACCACCACCACCACAACCACCACCACCGCCACAACCACCACAACCACAGCCACCACAGCCACAAGCCUGCUCUCCCCAAGCCGCCCGUACACUCCCAGCAUGCGCUCUGGGUCGGAAACAUCCCCAACGACGCCUCCCACGAGGAACUCUGGAAGUUCUUCUCCGCCCAGAGGCAGCAGCAGGCCCCUCUGCCGGGUGCCGGCGUCGAGAGCAUCCAUCUGAUCGCCCGCUCCAACUGCGCCUUCGUCAACUACAUCUCCCAGGCCCAUCUCGCCCAGGCGAUCGCCUGCUCGAACGGCAAGCCGCUCCGGGCCCUCGACCCCUACUGCAAGCCCCUCCUCUGCCGGAUCCGCAAGCCCGAGGACAACAUCAAGAGCGGCGUCGGCGCACAGCGCAUCGGCGGCUUGCAUCGCUCCUGGAUCAAGCGCUCCGACCCCGCCCACAGCCACGCCCACCAUCCCAAACAUCGCCACACCCUCCCCGCCCCCGCCGCCGACCAUGCCGCCAAACUACCCCCCAGCAGAGAGAACAACCACCACCACCAACAACACAGUAACUCUCUCAACGAAUCCUCCAACAUCCGCACCUCCUCAACCCUCACCGCCGCCUCCAACCAGAGCCAAUCAACCACCUCGUCCUUCCUCACCAGCCACUUCCCGCGGCGCUACUUCAUCCUCAAA